UAUUUGCUUAAAGUUCUGAGUUUCCAAAGAAACAUUCCUUCUCUGCCAAUUUAAGUGAAGAGUGUUGAGAGUCAAAAUGAAGAGGCUUUUGUUAGCUUUUAUGUUGGUGUUUGCUCUUCUUUUGACAUCCUCAUUUCUUGAACCUGCAACCGCCAAAUCAGUGUACUGCGGGCAGAAAUGCAAGGCUAGGUGCUCCAAGGCAGGAGUGAAGGAUCGGUGUGUGAAAUACUGUGAGUUGUGCUGUGAAAAGUGCAAAUGUGUUCCAAGUGGGACUUAUGGCAACAAGCAUGAGUGCCCUUGUUAUAGAGACUUGAAGAACUCCAAGGGCAAGCCCAAAUGUCCUUAAUAUAAACCAUAUUUCUUCACCUGCUUGUGUACCUGAAACUAUUUUACUAUUUGGUUUGAGUAACAAGAGUACCAGACUCUUUUGUGUCUGAUAAAUUUUCAGAAUAAGAGCUCCUCUAGGACUUGUUAAAGUUUAUACGUCUUUUUAUUACUACCAAUUAUUGUAUUUGUAUGAGUAUUGAGAUGAAUUCUGGACUUUAAUUCCUCCA